GUCGCCGCACAAUAUUAUCCAUCUCGUCCCGUUGACCAUCGGCCGUUGCCCGCGCGUAAAACACUAGCCGGCCGAAGUCAAUAUAUACUCACCCUGUGAACCGUAUACACGUCGCGUCGUACCCGCAACCGUACAUAGACCCGGUCAACCCGGUCGCCGCUUUUCCGACCGCUUACCAGGUUCUCACCCGCGUCGCGGUCACGCAGCAGCCGCCGCCGUUACACAUGUCGCCCGCCAUGGCGUUGCCGCUGUUGCUGCUGUCGUCCACGUCCCUGUUGGCGCUCCGCGGAGCGUCCGUCGCCGCCACGUCGGCCGACGACUGCGUGCUGGACCUGGCCAUCGUCUGCCUGGACGACAAGCUGCUGGUGUACGUCAAUUGGCUGGAAAAGCGGGACAAGCUGAACGUGGUCGGCGACAUCGUGACGAUCGUCAAGAAGAAGGAGGCGGGCCUGGCCGAGGACCGGUCCAAGCUGCAGCCGCACAACAGCAACAAGCCACACACGCACCGGAUCAGCACGUCCCUGGGACCGGCCAUCGACGAGUACUUCGACACGCACACCAUCCGGAUAUCGCUGCCUUGGAUACUCGACGACGACAUCGAUCUGGAACUCGACCAGCAAGGCCGCGGCAAGAAGUCCAAAUUGAAACACCUCAAGAAAAUGAUGUCGAUGUUGGGCGUGAUCAUGUGCGCCAAACUGUCGCUGAUGGGACCGCUGGCCAUGGUCAUGAUCGGCGCCAAGGCGCUAAAGGCCCUGCUGCUGGCCGUCGUCUCGCUCACCAUAUCCAAACUCAUGUUGCUCAAGAAGUUUAAGGGCGGCGGUGGCGGUGGUGGAUACGGCGGAAGUGGUUCCGUGGUCCAGGCCGACUGGUCGUCGGACAAGGACGACCGGAACGCGCAUCUGCUAGCCUACGCCGGACAGCCGGCCGCCGCUUCGGGGACGGCUGUUAUGUCGCCGUCUUCGCAACAGCCUCUUCAACAGAUGUACCCUUCGUACGAGCCACAUGGCUAUCACGGGGCGGCCUAA